GACCUAUCUCCAAUUUUUACCUUUCUCCAGCAUUCCAGAGAUCCAAGGCUCUCUCUUUUGUCUGUUACUGUCCAUGUACCUCAGUACUUUGGUGGGAAACAUCGUCAUCAUCACAAUCACUAUGGUAGAUGCUGCCCUUCACUCUCCCACGUAUUUUUUCCUUAAGAAUUCUUCCUUCCUGGAAGUUAACUAUACCACAUCCACCAUCCCCAAGAUGCUAGUGAACUUUCUCACAAAGAGGAAGAACAUAUCUUGGGGCUGUGCCACACAGAUGUAUGCUUUCUCCCUCCUCGGGAUGACAGAAUGCUGUUUGCUGGCUGCCAUGGCCUAUGACCGCUAUGUGGCCGUAUGCCAGCCUCUGCACUACACGGCCACGAUGAGAUGGAACACGUGCUUCUUGCUUUCAGCUGUGCCUUGGCUUACCGGGGUCUUGGUGGCCUUAGUGCAGACAACUUUCAUCUUUACCCUUCCAUGCUGUGGUCCCAAUGGGAUCAAUCACUUCUUCUGUGACCUGCUGCCUCUGCUUAAGUUGGCUUGCGUGGCCACCUGUAAAAAUGAAAUCACCACCUACGUAAUAGCUGUCCUUUUCAUCAUAGUCCUCUUCUUAUUCAUAGUUGUGUCAUAUAUCCAGAUUCUCCACACCAUCUUCAAGAUACCAUCAGUGAAGGGCAAGGGAAAAGCAUUCUCUACCUGCUUUUCUCACCUAGUUGUGGUCACUCUGUUUUACGGACCUGGCAUUGUGACCUACUUGAGACUCAAAGCUUCUUAUUCAAGCAGCAGUAGCAAAUUGUUUUCUCUUUCUUACACACUGUUGUCUCCAAUGAUGAACCCCUUGAUUUACAGCUUGAGGAACAAAGAGGUGAAACAAGCCUUUUAAAAGAGCUGUAGUCAAAAAUAGAAAUAUGUAAUAUGUUUAUGAAUUAUAUUAAAUGUACUAGUAGCUUUGAUAUUGUGUGUACUGCUGGAAGGACAAUAUGAUUUGCCAGCACUUACCCAAAAAUUAAUCUCUACCUUCCAGCUUUGAGUCAAUCCUCCAGGUAAUUCAGCCUUUAAAAAAAAAGGUUGUUUCUCUUCAGAUUCUUUCUUAUAUCAUUUUAAGAUAGGUUUGGCAUCCAGCUCACGUGAAUCACCUGCUACUGUAUCCUCUAUGUCCUGUCCAUCAAUACAGAAAUAGUUCUUUGCUUUGCAGAUGUAUUUACCUGUGAUAAGAUGAAAUUCACUAUAUUCUCUGAAUAUCGUGAAAACAUUUCUGUGUAGCUUUUCUAAAAACACACUAUGAUGAGUGCAAGAAAUUAUCAGAGAAGGGGACAAUGGACCUAAUGAGAAGUACUACGCAAAUAUUUAAGACAUUAAU